AUGAAUCUCGAGAAAUUUGAUGGAAAUAAUUUUCGCCAGUGGAAAUUCCAGAUAAAAUGCGCUUUAAAGGCAAAAGGAAUUGAUAUCAGAGUGCCAAGAACGGAACAAAACAGUGCUGAAUGGUCGAAAAAUGAUGGUAUGGCAAUGUUCAUCAUGACUUCGUCAAUGGAUUUCAAACAAAUAACAUUAAUAGAGAAUUGUGAGACUGCCAAGGAAAUAAUGACAAAACUUGAAUCGGUAUACGAACAAAAGAGUGAGUUGCGUAAAAUGCUAGUCCAUGAAAAGUUUUAUCAGUAUAAAAUGUUGCCGGGUGACAGUGUAGCUCAACAUAUCUCAAAGGUGGAAUCCCUGGCUAAACAACUAAAAGAGAGUGGUGAGACUGUCAGUGACAUGGCCAUCAUAACAAAAAUUUUAGGAACAUUGCCACCUAAGUACAGAUCACUGCGCCAAGCGUGGAUGUCAUUGGAUUCAAAACAACAGACUAUUGUGAAUUUAACUGCUCGCCUCUUAGAUGAAGAAGCAAGUUUAGUAGGCGAAGAAGAACAAGAAACAGCUCUCCUUGUUGCUAAUAAAGGAUGGAAGUUGAAAUCAAAACAAAGUGAGCCGAUGCAGAGUGGAGUAAAUCAAAAUAAAAAUACCAAACACAGGUUUGAAUGUUAUAACUGUGGAAAGCGAGGACACUUUGCUAGAGAAUAUCGUGCUCCAAGAAAAUUUAAGUCAAGAAAACCUCAACAAUAA